GAGAUUGUUUACGUGUGUGAGAGCGGGUGGCCACGCGCGAUCUCCCCGAUAUUUAAUGAUAACGCCCAUAAAUCAUCGUGAUUCUACUUGCAUAUACAGAAAAAAUUAUCGUCAGGUGCUAGUGGAGAAAUUACCGGCAUCAAAAUGCCAGUAGAAAACGAUACCUCCCAUCAAAAUGGCCAAGAGGACACUGGUGGCGGCGGCGGCAAUGGAAAUGUUCGCAGCGAGACUUCAUCUGUACCGCCACGGCCAGCCACGGAGCCCAACGCCACCACCACCAUCGUCAACGGGACACACCCGAAGGUCGCAUCCACCACAGCAGAGGAGCAACUAGCACAGGACUCUCCCAAAGACGCUAAAAAGACUGAUGGGAGCGCCAGCUUCCUGCGGGCGGCGCGGGCCGGCAACUUGGAGAAGGUUCUGGAGUUUCUCAAGACCAACACCGACAUCGACACCUGCAACGCCAAUGGGUUGAACGCUCUUCACCUGGCAAGCAAGGAAGGCCAUGUAAAUGUUGUGAGGGAGCUCUUACAGCGUGGUGCCAAUGUUGAUGCUGCCACCAAGAAGGGCAAUACUGCAUUACAUAUUGCAUCCCUUGCUGGUCAGGAGGAGAUUGUGAAAGUGCUUGUGCAACACCAGGCACUGGUGAACAUUCAGUCCCAGAAUGGAUUCACUCCACUCUACAUGGCUGCACAGGAGAACCACGACUCGGUUGUGCGAUUCCUGUUGGCCAACAAUGCUAACCAGAGCCUUGCUACAGAGGAUGGGUUUACCCCAUUGGCAGUUGCCCUGCAGCAGGGACAUGACAAAGUUGUAGCAGUUCUGCUGGAAAACGACACAAGAGGCAAGGUGCGCCUCCCUGCUCUUCACAUUGCUGCUAAAAAGGAUGACACAAAAGCUGCAGCACUGCUUCUUCACACUGACCACAACCCAGAUGUCACCUCCAAGUCGGGGUUUACACCACUACAUAUUGCUGCUCACUAUGGCAACGAAAACAUUGCAAACCUCUUAAUUCAGCGUGGGGCUGAUGUCAACUACAUUGCCAAGCACCAAAUCACACCACUUCAUGUUGCAUCCAAAUGGGGUAAAGGAAAUAUGGUAUCGCUGUUGAUAGACAAAGGAGCUAACUACGAAGCCAAGACCAGGGAUGGGCUUACACCUCUUCACUGUGCUGCAAGAUCAGGACAUGAGACUGUUGUUGAUAUGCUGCUAGAAAAGGGUGCUCCAAUUACGAGUAAAACCAAAAAUGGGUUGGCUCCACUUCAUAUGGCUUCACAGGGUGACCACGUUGAUGCUGCUCGCAUCCUUCUUUACCACAAGGCUCCUGUUGAUGAUGUUACAGUAGAUUUUCUUACAGCUCUCCAUGUUGCUGCUCACUGUGGACAUGUGCGAGUGGCAAAAUUGCUUCUAGAUCGUAAAGCAGAUCCAAAUUCUCGUGCUCUGAAUGGUUUCACACCUCUCCACAUUGCUUGUAAGAAGAACCGUAUCAAGGUGGUGGAGUUGCUCCUCAAACACGGUGCUAGCAUUGAGGCUACUACGGAGUCUGGUCUGACCCCUCUUCAUGUAGCAUCCUUUAUGGGCUGCAUGAAUAUUGUGAUCUACCUAAUCCAACAUGGAGCCUCUGCUGAUGUACCAACUGUGCGGGGAGAGACUCCACUCCACCUGGCUGCAAGAGCAAAUCAGACGGACAUUAUCCGCAUUCUCUUGAGGAAUGGUGCACAGGUGGACGCUAGAGCCAGAGAACAGCAAACUGCUUUGCAUAUUGCUUCUCGCCUGGGCAACAGUGAUAUUGUAGUUUUGUUACUGCAACAUGGAGCUGCUGUUGAUGCUACGACAAAGGACCAUUAUACAGCUUUACAUAUUGCUGCCAAGGAGGGUCAAGAGGAAGUGGCCAGUGUCCUUUUAGAACACGGAGCUUCCCUUACUUCAACAACAAAGAAAGGAUUUACGCCUCUGCACCUGGCAGCCAAGUAUGGUAAUAUGAAGGUUGCUCGACUGCUGCUUCAGAAGGAUGCCCCAGUUGAUGCCCAAGGGAAGAAUGGAGUCACCCCACUUCACGUAGCAGCACAUUAUGACCACCAAAAUGUUGCACUGCUGCUGUUGGAUAAAGGUGCUUCUCCUCAUGCUACAGCAAAGAAUGGGUACACCCCCCUUCACAUUGCUGCUCGUAAGAACCAAAUGGAUAUCGCUACGACCCUUCUCGAGUAUGGUGCUAGUGCCAAUGCUGAAUCCAAGGCAGGAUUCACACCUCUUCAUCUGAGCUCACAGGAGGGCCACACAGACAUGGCAACACUACUGAUCGAGCACAAUGCUGCACCAGGUGCUUGUGCUAAAAAUGGCUUGACGCCGCUACAUUUAUGUGCGCAGGAGGAUCGUGUCAAUGUUGCUGCCAUUUUAGUCAAGCACGGUGCUCAGAUUGACCCAGCAACAAAGGCUGGCUACACACCACUUCACGUUGCAUGUCAUUUUGGUCAGAUGAAUAUGGUGCGCUUCCUGCUGCAACACGGAGCUAAGGUUGACUCAACAACUCAACUUGGAUACACACCACUUCACCAGGCAGCUCAACAAGGACACACCCAAAUUGUAAACUUGCUUCUUGAGAACAAGGCUGAACCCAACACAGAAACAAACGACGGCAAGACGGCGCUCAGCAUUGCACAACGUCUCGGCUACAUAUCGGUAGUCGAGACAUUGAAAAUUGUAACAGAAACCACUAUAAAUACAACGACCACAACAGUUACUGAGGAGAAGUACAAAGUGGUUGUUCCAGAAACCAUGCACGAAACCUUCAUGAGCGAGUCAGAGGACGAAGGAGGUGAUGACACAAUGCUUGGUGACCAAUCUUACCGGUACCUCACUGUGGAUGAGAUGAAGUCACUUGGUGAUGAUUCUCUCCCCAUAGAUGUAACCAAGGAUGAGAAGAUGGAUGUGUCCUUCAUUAGCAACACUAUGGCAGCUCCACCAGUUGCUCCAGCAGACCAACUAAGCCCGCAGCAUCAAAAAGAGCAGCAUUAUGCCCAGUUCACAGGUCAUUAUCCAUCUGACAAUGUUGACGUUGCCAAGACUCCCAUCCUAGCAGGGCCGGAGUCUUUGAACACCACUCUCAACACAACUGUAGACUCCGCAAUGAUUGAGUCACACAUUGAGUCUCAGAUCAUCCAGACCAAGUUGGCUCCUCAGUUAUCUUCCCAAAUGAUCCAGGAGCCAGUUCAGCAUGUCCCAGUGCAGGAAAUACUGGGGCAUAACGACACAGACCAGACCUUCAAGGGGCAAAUCACUCUAGGCCAAGUCACUUCUGUAACUGAGAAGUCUACAGAGAUUCUCAAUGGGUGGGAAGGAGUGAGCCUGAACAGCCUGGCGUCCUGUCUGUCAGCUGGGACCAACACCUCGGGCAUGUGGCGCGACAGAUUCCUGGUGAGCUUCAUGGUCGAUGCUCGAGGUGGGGCAAUGCGUGGCUGCAGGCAUUCGGGCGUUCGUGUCAUCAUUCCACCCCGAAAGGCUGCUAUGCCCAUGAGAGUCACUUGCCGCUACCUGAAGAAGGAUAAACUGGUCCAUGCUCCACCUCUUAUGGAGGGUGAGGCUCUGGCUUCGAGGAUCCUUGAAAUGGGCCCUGCUGGUGCCAAGUUCCUAGGCCCUGUGAUUAUUGAGGUACCACACUUUGCUUCCCUGCGAGGUAAAGAACGAGAGAUAGUGAUCCUUCGCUCUGAUAAUGGAGAAACUUGGCGAGAACAUACACUUGAGGCAACAGAGGAAGCUGUACAAGAGGUUCUCAAUGAGAGCUUUGAUGGAGAGGAGUUAAAGCAACUGGAGGACUUGAACACCAACCGCAUCACACGCAUUUUGACCACCGACUUCCCUCAAUACUUUGCAAUUGUAACACGCAUAAGGCAGGAGGUACAUGCAAUUGGUCCUGAGGGAGGUAUGGUGUCAUCGACAGUGGUGCCUCAGGUCCAGGCGGUGUUCCCUCAAGGAGCUCUGACAAAGAAGAUCAAAGUGGGACUCCAGGCCCAGCCAAUUCCAACCGACCUUGUGGCUAAGCUGUUGGGCAACCGAGUUGCUGUGUCGCCAAUUGUAACAGUGGAACCACGUAGACGCAAGUUCCAUAAGCCCAUUACCCUUACCAUCCCAGUGCCUCAAGCCUCUAGCAAGGGAAUGAUCAACCAGUAUUCCGGCGAAGCUCCGACCCUCCGUCUCCUUUGCUCCAUCACUGGGGUGUUUCGGAAAAGAUCUUUGAAAGGCGGCACAACCCGUGCUCAGUGGGAGGAUGUGACAGGCUCAACACCACUCACAUUUGUCAACGACUGUGUCAGCUUUACAACUACAGUUUCGGCUCGAUUUUGGUUGAUGGACUGUAGCAACAUACCCGAAGCUACUAAAAUGGCCACAGAACUCUACCGGGAGGCAAUUCAUGUACCUUUCAUGGCUAAGUUUGUAGUAUUUAGUAAGAGACACCAGCUGGAGGAAGCAAGAGUGAGAGUAUUCUGCAUGACUGAUGACAGAGAAGACAAGACGCUCGAACAUCAAGAGCUGUUUGUGGAAGUUGCCAAGUCUCGAGAUGUUGAAGUAUUGGAGGGUAAACCACAGUUCCUUGAAUUUGCUGGUAACCUAGUUCCAGUUACAAAGUCUGGAGAUCAGCUUGCUUUCAAUUUCUAUGCGUUUCGUGAAAAUCGGCUUCCAUUCACUGUUCGUGUGAAGGAUCAACAUGCUGACCCCAUUGGCAGAGUGGCCUUCAUGCGCCAACCUAAGAAUGGGCGUUGGAAGACGGCUUCACUAAUUAGCCUGUUAAAAACCCCUGUGUUUCAGGUUGGGCGUGGUGAUCCCCCUCAGACCCCCAUCUGUAACCUGAACAUUGCCCUGCCUGACAACAUCCAGCCCGAGCCUGCGCCCUCAGAACCUGACCUCCUCGCCCUCGAGAAGAAGUACUCCUUCCUUUCCAUUAGUAAAGCUGACACCAUCCACAAAGCAGAUCUUCGUCUCACUGAUAUCUCAAACAUGUUGGGCACUGACUGGGUUGCUCUUGCUCAUGAACUUGAAAUCAGUGAUUCAGACAUCAACAUUAUCAAGUCACAGUAUCCAGAUAAUGCUCCUCAGCAAGCCAUUGUUAUGCUCAGACUUUGGAUGCAAACAUCUGGGAAUAAGGCAAAUGGAAAUACACUUGAGAAGGGCCUGCGAAAGAUCCGACGUGAUGAUAUUGUGAAUCAGUGCAUAUUCAAUGUAGAGUUGGUCACAGAUGACAUUGAAAGAGCAAUGGCUAAAGCUCAUCUGGAUCAGUCUGGAUUUGAAACCUUCAAAGAGGAGCUUGGUCCUUCACGGGAUACUACGCUCAACCGAGAUGUGUCUUUAGAUGUGUCAUAUGAUGAGCAAGACAUGAUGAAAGAAGCAGAAAGUGCAGAGGAAGAGGAGGAAAAUCAAAGAGCAUACCAGGAGAAGAGCAGUCGAGAGCAGCGCACAGUGGACAUGUCCCCAACAUAUGAGAGCGAGGAGAAGAAAUAUGCUGGUGAAGAGAAGGUUGUCACUGAGGAGAAGGUGACCAGAGAGGAACUGAGAGAUGGUUCUAGUAUUACAAUAAGUACUACAUCAACAACUGUCAUAAAGGAACCCACUGAAAAAAGUAAAUUAGAUACAGUUAUUAAAGAAACGACAGAGGUAGAACCCAUUGAAGAAAUGAAACUUGAUUCCACAAAAGAGCAAAUUAUUCCAGAGCCCAUUAAAGAGCAAAUUGUUCCAGAGCCCAUUAAAGAGCAAAUUGUUCCAGAGCCCAUUAAAGAGCAAAUUGUUCCAGAGCCCAUUAAAGAGCAAAUUGUUCCAGAGCCCAUUAAAGAGCAAAUUGUUCCAGAGCCCAUUAAAGAGCAAAUUGUUCCAGAGCCCAUCAAAGAGCAAAUUGUUCCAGAGCCCAUCGAAGAAAUUUCAGAGCCAAUGGAAGAACAUAUAUCUCCAGAGCCCAUCAAAGAGCAAAUUGUUCCAGAGCCCAUCAAAGAGCAAAUUGUUCCAGAGCCCAUCAAAGAGACUAAGGUUGAGCCAUCUGUUACUGAAUUUGUGGCUUUAAAGCCAGUUGAAGGUUCUGCUGCUGAAACAGAAGAGAUUAUUUCUGAAGAGCCAUUAAAUAUCUUGGAAAAGAGUAAAACAGAGUUUACCGUGGCUGAGGCUGAAAAGGAUAUGAUUGAAAAAUAUGAGCAGUUGCUGGAGCAAGAAGCAUUAGAAAAGCCUAUUUUUAAAAUUACAGAAAAACCUGCAGAGGUAGAAGACAAAAUUGAAGUGGUUGAUGACGUGCCUGAAGACAUUGGUGCUUCAGAAGUGGAGGAUUCCAAAGAGAUACAAACAACAGUUGUAAGAGAGGUUGUAAGUGGGCCGGAAGGUACUCCAACUAGCACUACUACCACACAGAGAGAAACAUACACUACUUCAGAGGAUGGAACUGUACAAGAACAUAUUGUAGUUACUAAGCAGAUUACUAAAACUGUUGGUGGCUUAGAACUGGAUGAAGAAGACAAGUCACUCAUGCUUCAAAAACUUGGAGAGGAACUAGGCAGACUGGAUGAGAAGUUAGAGGAGAAAUUCAAAGAGAAGAGAAAAACAGAUGAACCAGAAGUGACACAAGAAGAGGUGAAAGAGGAAGCAGUAGUGGCUAUGCGUCGUGAGGACCAUGCCCAACCUACCUCACAGGUUGUGGUUGAAUACGGCUCUCUGCCCUCCACUCUAUCUGUUACCACCACAACUACCACAACAACAACCAGCAUCACCCCUACCCCAGAUGGGUUCACUCAGACGUCUGUCGAGUCCAGUCAGAUGUCCUCUACACGGGGCACCGCUGAAGUGAGUUUCCCAGGCACAACCACAACCGCUGAUGAAUCUCUUAAGCAGAUGGGGCAAGCCUUAACCCAGCAGACGGCACCCCAGCAUGUGGACAGAAGGGUUGCCCAUGAUGACCCACUUCAGCAGGAGGUAUUCCAGCAGCACUCGACCCACAAAGAACAAGCAUUCAACAAGACUGCAGCUCCACCAGAUGAUUCAGCUAAGAGUGGACAAACAGAGGAGAGGGGUUGCAGUCCCAUUACUGUGCUUGAGGCACGGCCUGAGAUGGACCAGGGGACAGCAAGACCACUUUCCAGGGGUAGUUCUCACACCAUCACCACAACUACGAGCUGGGGAGCUCCAGUGUCUACAACUACCAAUAUUCAGCUUUGUGACAAUGAGUUGGCUCAUUGUGUGCAGCUUACUUUGCACUCAGAGAGCCGUGUUACACUACAUGCUCCUGAAGAAAUCUGGGAGGAGCUACGAAAUGUCAGGCAACAGCAAGAGCAGCAGCAGGCAAAACACCAGCAGCAACAAGAGCAGCAGCAGCCAGAACAACAAAAGCAGCAGCAGCAGCAGCCAGAACAACAAAAGCAGCAGCAGCAGCAGCCAGAACAACAAAAGCAGCAACCAGAACAACAAAAGCAGCAGCAGCAGCAGGUAGAGAUAAGGAGUAAAGCUGAUGAUGAAACGUCAGAAAUAUUACCUGUACGAAAAGGGCAGCAAGAGGAGAGUCUCCUUCACCCAGAGGAGCGCAUUAGCAUUAGCAGUGGAAAGGAUGAUGAAAUCAUACAGGAAUUGCAUGAAUCAACAGUUAAUAGAAUGGAAAGAAUAAAUAUUUCAGAUGGUGUUAUUGACAUUCGGCAAUCACUCGCUGAUCAUGAGCUUGCAGAAAGUGUAACAGUGUCAGCAGAAUCCAUCAUUGACCCCUAUCAUGAAAGCCAAGAUCCAUGCAAGAACGUCUCUGCUGAUAUACUAGAAGCAACCGCGGGUAUAAAAAAAGAUGAAUUAAUGAAAAGUUUAAAUAGACAAAUGUGCAAGGAAAUGGAUGCUUCAAAUGAACUUAAAAGCACCAUCAGCACACCGUCUGACGACACUCAUGAUAACUUCGAAUUCAAACGAAUCGACCGACGAUGCAGAAUGCAUGCAAACGACUCAACCAGAAAAGAAAGGGAAAACGAUAUUCCUCAGGAUCUGAAACGAGAAGGAAGUAGUAUGGUAGUCAGGGAAGAGUCUGAACAGCAAGGGAUGGGAAUAGUACAGUCAGCAGUUGUGAGCGAGCGUCUUUCCGGAAGUGAGAGUGGCGCUGUGCCUCGUGCAGAGCGUCCUGUGCGGCCAGCACCUCGCACCACUACCUUGCUUAAGGUAAAGGUGGAGAAGAGACCUGUUGGCAGCCAUCCUCAAGUACGAGAAAGAAUUGCACACGAACACCAAACAGUAGUCCGGGUCCCUUCUGUAGAGGAGGAGAUGCGUGGACUAAUGCAAGAAGUAAAGGAAGCAACUAGUCAAAUAAAGCAGGAAGUUAAAGAACUGCGACAAGCUGACACACCUACUCCUGACACCCCCACACCUUUGCGGGAGUUUAAGGAAUUUUUGAACAGAGAAGAAGAACAGGAACAGGAGCGUCUUCCAACAAUUAGAGAGAUUUGUCGUGAGAAUGAGGAAGAUGCUUUUGUCAGCACUGGAGGUGAGCACCUUUGUGAAGAGGAGCAGUAUAAACUUGGAUCGAGUGUAGCAGUUCAAGAGUGUUUCAUCCCAGAGCAAGUUGUUCAGUCUGACUUUGUUGAUACUAUUCAUCCCAACAGUCAGUAUUCUUCUUUGGAGGGUUACUAUGCUGUGUCUGUUAACCCUUCUCAAGCUGCCAAGUACACACCCUUUUCCACUGAAAUGGUUCCUGAGGGAUACUUUGACGAAUGUAGGAUUAAAUCUGAGCUUGAGAGCCCCUCAAGCCCUGUAGAUAAUAGUGAUUUUUGCCCUGUAGAUAGUAUAAGUAGUGCAAUACCUCCUGAUGGUAAAGAACAAGGCCAGUCUAAGCUUAAAUCCUUCUUGAGGAAAGUUUGUAAAUUAACAUCCAAAGGGCUUCAUAAACCUGAAAGUAGGAAAGUUGAUGAUCAUGGGGAAAAUGUAUUAGAUAGAGAUAGUGAAAUUCCAGGUACAGCCAGAUGUCAAUCAGAAAUUUUGGAAAAAAGUGGGUUAAAAUUAAAUAUUCAUAGAGGAAUGAAGUCACCAGCUUAUGAAUUUGUAAGUGUAGUGGAGCCUGACACAGUUAAAAAUAAACAUGAUGAAAGAGAAAAAAGUACAAUUGGGGAAAAGAAACAAAAUGAAAUUUGUGUGAAAGGACUGAAAGAGUCAGCUGUAGACCCUUCAAAUGAAGUUGCUAUUUUUUCAGUUAACGGUAAUGAGUUGACGGAAAUGGGAGAUCCACAGGCAACAGUAUCAGAUUCACUAAUCAUAAGAGCAUCUAAUACUGAGUUUUCAGUUUUGGAAUCUGAGUUUAGUAAAGCAUGUAAAUUUCAGUCACCUGUAUUUGAAUUACCGCUAAUAACACAAGCCAAAAGUGUGUGUCCAGUAUUAGAGUUACCACACACUUUAACACCUCUCACUAAGUCUCCAGAAUUAGAAGUGACCCACACUGAGAUGCAUCACAUUAGGUCUUCAGAAGUAGCAUUACCACUCUCUGAAGGGCAUCAUACCGAGUCAUCGCAAUCAGAAUGUCAAAACAAUAAAGUGCCCAUCGGUGAUUUGGAAGUAUUCAAAUUCCCACCCACUGAAGUGUCUCACAUUAGGUCUACAGAGCAAUUGUCACCACAUACUGAAGUUUCACACACUAAGUCUUUGGUAUCAGAAUUUACACUUCCUGCAGUGUCUCAUACUGGUUCCUCAGCACCAGACUUAACAGAUAUCAAAGUUCCCCAUAUUGAAUAUUCAGUAUCCAAAUUAUCAGGCAGUGAAGUUCCUCUCAUAGAAUCUUCAAUAUCAGAGUUACCAAGCACUAAAAUGUUUCAUACUGCACCGUCAGAUUCAGAAUUACCUGAUGAUAAAGUAUCUUACAAUGAAUCAUCAUUAUCAGAAUUACCACAGACUAAACUGACUCUCACUGAACAUUUAGUAUCAGAAUUACCAUACAUUGGAGUGCCACUCUCUCAGUUUAUAGCAUCAGAAUUACUUCAUGACACAGUGCCUCACAGUGAGUUUUCUUCACUAAAAUUACCACAGUUACAGUUGCCAGAACUGCAACACACUGAACCUCUAAUGCCACAAUCAUUACUUGCUGAGGUAUCUAACAUUAAUUCUUCAGUGACAGCAGGGUCACACACCGAGUCUCUAGCAGUAGAGCCAUUUGGCUUCUGUUUUACAUCAACUGAACCUUUGCUGUCUGAUGAAUCAGCUGUCACAUUGUCAAGUGGAAAUUCAUUAUUCAUCGUUUCUCAAGACCCACAAAUUCAGACUGUACCUGCAUUGUGUGAGGUAAGGGAGACUGGCAGCAAAGAAGUGUUUUCACAUUCAGCAAGCGAUGUUCAUAUGAGCUUACCAGUGCAAAAUCUAGAAAAAGAUAAUUAUAAUUUGGCAUUUAAAGAUUUAGAGAUCAAUUCCCAGAAUGAUGAAAUGUAUGUUACGAAUACCUUAGCAAACUCAAAAGCAGAAAUAAUCAAAGAUGGAGUAGGUACCCAAGUUUUGGAGUCAACUGGAUCAGAGUUGUCCAUAGGGGAAACUCCAGUUAUACAGUCAAAAAGAAAGUCAUUGCUUAGUGAAUCAUUCACUACAAUAAAGCACACAGUAACAGGAUUCAAUGAAGAUUUAAUUUCAGAAACUGUUUCUCCAGAGAUAUACACAAAGGAUAAGCAUUGUGUGGAGCAGUUUGCAGUAAAGCCUGAGCAAUCCCCAGAAGCACUGGCAUCUGAUGCUGAUAUUGACAAUACUUUUAACUUCAGUGUGAAGGCUGAUGAUGGGUGUCUAGAUGUGUCAGAGGAUGACUUGCUUGGGGAGAGGUCACAGUCAGAAUCAUUCAUUGCAGAAGAUAUUCAUGUUGCAUCACUGGCUGGAUUUGCUAAGAUCUGUUCAUUGUCAAGAGGACAGGUUUAUGAAGAUGAUGAUUAUAUUGAAUUUCCCAAUUCAGAUGUUGUUGAAAUAUUAGAAACAGUUUUUGAAAUCGAUGAAACAGAAGACAUCAAUGAUUGCAAUGAGGAAAGUAAAGAAAACGAGUCCCAUAUAGAAACAACUAAAGAAAUUGAAUAUUUAAAACAACUACAAAUUGAAAGGAGCGAUACAUCAUACUUUGAAGAUCAAUCAAAUAUGUAUGAUGACCAUGAUGAAAUACAGUUAUUAUCUGAGGCAGAUAUUAAAGCAAUGAAUGAAUUUUCAGGCUUGCUUAAGGAGCCAAGAAGUGAUAUUGAGCAGUGUAAUGAGGCCGAGUUUGCAGCUAUACCUGAACCUUGUGCUUUGCAGGAAAAUCAAGAAACGGGUGAAUCUCUGAUGAUGAUGAAUAAUGCAAAAGAGGCAGUAGGAUUGAAAGAGCUAGAGAUUGAAAGUGAUUUUAAUGAAACACAAGACAGUAAUUUCUCAAGAACAUUAUGUAAAGCUGAUGAGUUUGAACAUGAGGAUGAAGCAAAUAAAGAUAAACUCAUUGCACCAUAUAAAAUUCUUCAUGAAGAUAUAACACCAAGUGGCAAAUUUCUUGGUGCUGCAACAUCGGAGCCAAAUGAAGAAAAAGGAAUAGACAUUGGAGAAAUAUAUAACUCUCAAGAAAGCAAAGAUGUUGAUAAUUUUUUGAUUCAAGAAACUUUGUUCUUCAGACCUGUUCAUGAGAAAUAUAUACAAAUAACAUGCCCUGAGAAUGAAUCUGAUGAUGAAGGGGUAUCAUCCUCAGUAGCUGGCCAAACACAAGUUGACAAGGAAAGUAUUGAGAUUGCCGCUAGCAUUCCUUCAGAGCAGGUAAGAGAAGAGGGAUUACAUAACUUAAGCCCCAUAAAUGAAACUGUGAUAAUCCCUAAAGGAAUAAUGUCACAUGGUCUUGUUAGUGAGGGAGACGAUAGCGAUCCUUCACAGCAUGAUGAGCAAAUGGUUGAAGAUACAUCAGAAAUAGAAACCAUGCAAUACACUGACUUCAGUUUUAUUAAAAGAGGUUCAAGAUGUGAACCAGAAGAGAAGACUCCAUUAAAGGUGAUCAGUGAUGUGUCUGAGUGUAGCGAGACCAAAGCACUACAAAUUAGCGCAUCUGGCGAGCCACACAGAACACUUGUACACAGUGUUGUCCGAGUAAUAGAAGCAGAUGAGGUUUUUGAACCUGAAGAAAUAGAAGAUCUACCAUCACUAGAGACAUUGUUAGUAAAACAGCUGAAACAAGCACAUUUAGUAGAAGAAGAAGAAACAUUCAUAACAUCAACAGUAGAACAAGUUGUGGUGUUUGAUGCACCCUCUAAGAUAUUGCAUGAUGUAGUUGAUAUGAAUGAAACUUCUCAAAGCAAAGAAACGAUUAAAUUCCACCACAAAGAAGUUGAUCGAGAUAACUGUGGUACAGUUAAAUCACAGGCAUUUGAAAUUGACACAAACAUCACCUUUUCAGAAGAUGAUUUUAUGGUUUUAACUCCUAAUAUAGAAGGUGCAGACACAUUGCUAAAACCAUCUAAAACAAAUCCGGCAAUAGCAACUAGACUUGCAGAAUCUGAUCAGUACAUUUUGAAAACUUCAGAGCCCCUAAGAAAGACACACAUUCAGUAUGAGUUGGAAGACAUAGCAGAAAGUCAAGAUUAUUUGCCUGUGAUAAAUGACACAACCAAUAUUGUUGUUGAAGGGGAAACUGAAGAAAACACAUGUGUAUCCCAAAACAUUGAGGAAUAUUUGAGUAAUAAUGAGAAAUUUAAUAAAUCAGCACAGUAUGAAGAGUCAGAAGUAACUACAGAUUCUAAAAAUGUUAUAUUUGACCAAAAAGAACUCAUCCCCGAAGAAUAUAAAACAGAAACACUGUUGGAUGAAUGUGAUCCACUCCAGUUGCAGUCUAUAUUAGGUGGUGGUGAUAUGGAGCUGUCUUUGAAAUUAGAUACAAAAGAGAGUGAACCUAUUCAUUUAGAGAGAGAGACUCAAAAAAUUAAAGAAAACAAUUAUAGGGAGUCAAUAGCAGAUGAAAAACAAUUUCUUGAGGCAGACAUAUUGGUUACAGACUCUGAAAUGGUGUUACUUGAUAUGCACAAUGGUAAUUACUCACAAAUAAUGAAUAGGGAGGACGUUUCAGUGAUAGAUAAUAUAGUACAUGAUUCUGAACAAAUGUUACCUAACCAUAAGCUAGUCCAGGAUGCACAAGUACCUAUCAGUGGCAUAAAAUUGGAUAUCAGUGUAAAGGAGGCCAAUGUAUCCUUAGAUUUACAGACAGAUGAAUACUUGCAUCAAGAUGUGAAGCUUAAGCCACAUCCACCAGUGCCUGAAAAUGCACAGGUAACAAAAUGUAAUGUCUUUAGACCAGUUGAAUUGAAGGAAUAUAAGCAGGAUGCAAAACACCCACCAGAUGGAAGUAUUAAAUAUGAGAAAUUAGAAUCUGAAUCGGAAAACAAACCUGAUGAACUUUUUGUGGAUGCAGAUUUUAUGACACCUCCAGAGCUAAGCAGUACAGAGACAGAGGUGAGUGAAAAAAUAACAGAAGACGAGAGAGGUUCAUGUUUGGUUAGUCCAAUUGUAAAUAAGAAUAUUUAUGUUUUAAAUUCUGUUUCUGAAGAACUUAAAACAAUAAUAUUUGAAUUAGAGCAGAAUUUGUUUGGUGCUACAAGCACAGAUAUUAUGAUAACACCCAUUCUUGCAAGGUUGGAGCAGAUGGAACAAGAAGUGGUUAACCUUGAUUCCAUUCCCAAAGCACCAGAGUCCAGUAUUCCUGUUUCAUUACUUGAUGUGCAGAUUGAUGAUGUAGUGUCUACUUCACAGGCUUCACCAUCUACAGAGCAGGAACUAGAAAUCCAUUCAGAAAAGUUAAACUUGGGAGAAUCUGACAACAGUAAGGUAAAGAUGCCUGUUGGGUUGGGAACAGAAUCCUCUACUUUAACUCUCCCUCGUGGACACAGUCCUGGUGGGGAGAUAAAUGGACAGAAUAUUCAAGAUACUUUAACAGAUGUUGAAGAUUUAUUCAGUGAUGGUGAUCAAUCACCAGUAUUAAAAAGAAAAUCGCUUUUAUUGACAUCUCGGAAAGAAAUGGGAGCUAUAACUGAUACAGAAGAUACAGACUUGUCUGGCGAGGAGGAUGACAUUAUCCAGGAAGAGAAAGACAUACCCACAAUUCAAGAAUUAGGUCUUCUUCCAGAACCUAACAAGGAUAUUAUCAAUUUGACUGAGGGAUAUGCCAGAGAAGCUAGUCCCCUUUUGCACUCGGAUUCAGAGCCAGAAAGUGAAGCUAUACAAGGAAAGCACAAGAAAAACAUGAAGAAGAUAGAUCAGUUAAACCAGCCUGACACCUCUGCUAAUGAUGAUCCCGAGUGUCUUACUGAUGUUGAAGAUAUGUUAGCCUCAGGUGAUGAAGCGGCAGUGGCAAUAGUUGAAGUUGAAGACACACUUCCAGACCACUACUUGGAUCAAAAUGAGGGAGUCUCUGAUAAGGAAAGGCUAGAAGCUCCAUCUACAUCUCCCAAGGUCCUGUUGACAAGGGGUGAAGAUUCAAGUGGUGAUGAGAAAGUCAUUUUGAGGCAACCUAGACAUAAAUGUAAAGGCCAUCUGAAAGUUAAAGCUAAUGAAGAAGGAACAACUGAUGUUGAGGACUUAGAAUUAAGUGAUAAAGGAGAAGGUAAAGAAAAUUUAGAGACAUGUAAAAAUGAAAGCAAAGACAAAAUAAGAAAGAUGAAACGCAAUAGGCGAAAGACCACCCCAAAAAAGUCUAUUGGAAAGAUGCUUAGGACUGCAGUUGAUGAUUCCAGUGGGUUGACUGAUGUUGAGAUUUUAUCUGGUGAUGAGGAUCAGGAAGUUCUGGAGGACGAAGAGUUUGAUUUGAAAGUGCCUGAAACGGAAAUGGACAUUUUAACAGAUUCUGAAGAUGUAGAGUUAUCUGACCCAGAAGAAGUGGCUGAUCUAUUGGCCAAGCCUUUGGAUAAAGUUGAAGUGCCCCUUAUGCCAGAUCCUCAGUGUGAAAAAAUUAAAAUUAGUGAGGUAGAAGAGGCAUCACAGGAAGACUCUGGAGGAGAGACUGAUCAGGAAGAAUUUGAAUUUAGCAAAAAGGAUGAUGCAAAGCCUUUGAAUCCUCGGCAGAAAGUUAUUUAUGAGCCUAUUGUAGCUGAAGUGGAGGAGGCUACUGAUAUUGCUGAAGGAACAUAUGAAGCUGCACUUACAGAUACCGAAGAUUUAGAUAUUAAUGAAAAGGAAGAGGAGGAAGUAAUCACUGAUAUAAUAAGCCGUAUACCAAAAGAGAGAGAGAUUUACACAAUUACAGAAAUGGAGUCAUUCAAUGGCCAGAUUACAAAGAAAGAAAUGUUGAAGGAUGUCCAUGCUGAAGCAAAGCAACAAAUACAAAAUGUAGACUAUACUGGAUUAGCUGUGCAAGAAGAUUUUGAAGAUAAUUCUCAGACAGAUGUAGAAGAUCUUGAGGAUAGUGGAGAACAUGGAAAAGUUGAUAUUAAAAUUAUUGCAGAUGAUACAUCAAAGAAAGAGGAAGGUCUCACUGAUGAGGAAAGUGUGGACGAGUCUGACAUUGAUGAAGAAAUUCAAGAGCCAGCAAGGCAGGCAGGGAAAAAAAGCAAGAGACUGCCCCUUGUUCCUCAAGUUUCUGAGGUCCGAUUCAUCGAGACAGACCAAGGACCAUUAAGCAUUAUCAUUACACCAGAUAUAUUUGAGAGCAGUCAACGUCAAGUUCCGAAAGACCAAAUAACAAAUGUCGUUUUCUUAGAAUCAGAAGAGAAAGAUGAGGCUACUACAGAUAUUGAAGACCUCUCUGAUGGAGAAGAGGAAAAAACACCACCAAAUUUAAAGGUACCUCAAAAUAAACAAGAGCCAACAACUGAUACUGAGGACUUUGAUAUUGACCCUUCUGAGGUAGACAGACCUCAUAGUCCAUUACCACCAAAUAUUAGGUAUAAUGUUUUGCCAAGUCCUAAAAGAGAAUUAAUUCAUAUUAAGGAAGACAAAUAUGGCAUCCCACAAGUAACUGUUCAAAAGUUAGAGAAAGAUGAAUUAUUUGUGUCCGACAUUGAAGAUUUGGGUGCAACGGAUACAGAGGAUAUAGAAGUAACUGAAGAGGAAGCUUUGAGGCUUGUUGGGGUAACUGAAGAUACUGUAUCAGAUUUUGAAUUUUCUGAUGCAGGAACUACAGAAGUGACAACAAAAAUGACUCAUAAAAUGAAGUCAAGGCAUGUAGAGCCUGAAGAAGGUGGUGGUACUGAUGUUGAGGAGCUUCCUGCAACCAGAAAACCUCAACGCAAGGUCAAAGCCCAUUCCAAGUUCAUACCUAAAAAACAGGAAGAUGAUGGUCAUACUGAUACUGAGCUACUUAGUGACCAAGAUGAGAAGGAAAAGCAUCCAGUACGCUUGGAAAGCCCAGGUGGUCACACUGAUGUGGAGGAUUUUGAAACAUCGGAGAAUGAGGAAUUGGAAGUGCCUGACCGAGAGGAUGUGCCAACUCCAGAUAUAAUACGUGAUGCAGCAAUAAGGAAGAUGAUAAUACAGAAAGAAGGACUUGGUGGCACAACUUACACAGAAGAUGCACAUGUUGCACCAGACCGUAGUAAUCUUCUAGAGAUUGAAGGAGAAUCUGGAGGCAUAACAGAUGUUGAAGACAUGGAAGUUUCUGGAGCAGAGGAUGAAAUUAUCCCAGAUCAUCCUGCAGUAGAUAUGCCAGAAUAUGAAACAUCAAGUGUGGAUAUUUCAGAGAAGACGAGCAUCCCAUCAGGUAGUAACGAGGCUAAACACAUAAAGGAUAAUCUUCUUCUUCCCGAAGACAACUUUAAUAAUCUCACGGACGUUGAAUCCCUUGGUGAGGGGGAAGGGACCCAUGAGGCAGCCCAGCUUGUCGAGCAGCAGACACCACCAGUCUCCUACGAAGAAGCCUCCUCCGGCCACCCUACUUCAGGCACCAAGGCAGGCUCAGCUCAAGGCAAGAAUAAUCUAACUGAAGCAGAUCUGGCUGUACUGGAAAGUAUGGUGGUUGCCCAGGAGGCUGAAGUUGAAGAAAUGACAUUCACCCACGCCCAAGCCGAAAUACAAGCCGAGGCAAAUUUAAUUAAACCUGAUACUGACAAUAUGAUUCUUGAUUCUGUUAAAUCAUUGAAGAUGAAGAAAUUAGCCAAACCAUCUACAAUUAUGGAAGAUCCCCUUCUAACUUUUCAGGCUCCAUCACUUUAUUCAACAAGGGAUGUAAAUGCAGCAAGUAAAGCAACAGACACUGGACAACAGUUAGGUGACCUAACAAAACGUGUUGCAGAUGUUGCCUCAACAAUGGCAUCCACUUUAGAGAGUAUUACAGCAGUUGCUGAAGGAUUGGAAGGAAGUCAUUUAUCUAGUGAUGAAGGGGAAGAACAGCUUAUGCUCAUGCGUGAUUCUCCACGCUGGGAGGAUGAAGAGAUCCAAGCUGAAGAAACAGAUGAGCCAAGAGCUAUUAAGGCUGAAAUCAAACUUCUUGUUAAAACAACAGAGUUAGGCAAAGAAUCAAUUGAAAUUAGAAGUAUUCGAGAGUUUGUGGAAUGUGAAGAUAAAAAUCUGACUGGUUUUGGAGGAGUUGUGCCGUCCCCAUCUCUUGAAUGUGGCCGAUUAACACCCAUGGGUGACAGAGUAUAUACACUGCAAAGAGCAUCCACAGAUGUGCGUUCUCCCAGCCCCAGGUUUGUUCGGCCACAACAGCCCUCCACAGAUUCAUCCUACACUGAGCCCACACAGGACGAGUUUGAUCUCAUGGCUCAAGUGCGAGACGGUGGCCUUCAUGGUGGUUGUCCUGAAGCACAAGGCAUGGACUGGGAGGGGAAAAGUGUAGACAGCAUGUAUACUGAAACUGUGGUGCAGGCUAAACUCUCCAUGCUCCCUGAAGUGGACACCAGCGAGGGUGUUGCCCCUACCUCCCCUCCCUCCUCUACCCUUCCCCCUGCUGCUUCUUCACUAUCAACUACCUCUCUCUGUUCAGACCUGCCUCAUAUAACCAACAUCCAGCCCCAGAUUCACACAUUCCAAGACCUUACUAAAGAAUCUUCUCAAACCCUCUUACACCUGGAACCUUCUCAUCUGCAUGAUUUUCAUUCUGUUGAAUCUCAGGGUUUUGACACAUCACCAUCUUCUGCAACUAAAUUAUCAGAUCCUAUUUUCUUAGAGAAGGGCCAUGUUAGUGGUGCUGAAGCUACUGUUAGCCAUCUUGUGACAUCCCCUUCAUUCGCUUCCCUGCUGUCUGAAAGUGUUGCCCCAAUCACAGGAACAGAUGAAAUAGCAGCUGCUAGUGUAACCUUCAACACUAGCAGUGCUUUUGUAUCUCUAGGGCCAAUCUCACCCACAGAGAACUCAAGUGAAGAUCAUGCUGAAAUUGAUUGUACUAGUACAGAACUAUCUCCAGACAGUGUGCGCUUUGAACAAGAUAUACUUGACACAAGAACUGAAGAUGAAGCUCCAGACAUAGAUGAUGACCUCUUCCCUGCUUCUCCGGUGCUAGGACCAGAACUCAGUGAAAGAAUAUUUUCUGUGGAGGCUACAGAAGAUACAGACAUUACAACACCAAUGGAGAUGAGAGAUUCACAUACAGAACGAGAUGCCUCUGCCUCUAACCUGGAAUUUGUUGAUGAUAAAGAGGGCACAGAUCUUCUUAAAGAGUGUCUUGUUGAAGAUAAAGAUGAAAGCAUUGCAUACUUAACUCAGGAAGUAAAAGAAGUUCAUAAUAAGGUAAAUAGGCUGCAGGAGCAGGUAGAAGCUCAAGUUGACCCUAUUACAGCUAGUUCAGAAAUUAAAAUAAUUCUAAAUUCAAUGGAAGACAUUAGAGAGGCUGUGGGGAAUGAUAAAAUUGAAAAUAACCCUGAGUUUAAUAGUAUGGCCCAAGACAUUCUCUCUAAUAUUAAUUCUUUGUCUGAAACAGUUGCAGAAAUUAUACAAAAGUUACAUCUCUCUGACCCAGAAUACAAGUACUCUGAAUUUUGGAGCAAAGAUGAAACAAAGGCAGCAAGAAGAACAGAAUCUACUAUUGUUGAAACUGGUUCAGCUGAGGAUGGUAGCCCAUCUGAUGCAAAUCAUCGUGAUCAAAGUUUUUCAGAUCUCUUGGAUUCAGAAGAAUUAAAUCGUGAUAGCCUUGAAGAAGAGUUUGAUCUCCUUGCUGCUGAUCUAAGUUUAUCACCAAAAGCUACCAGCUCUGCUGCUCCUUCUGUUGUUCUAUCUUCUCCUGUUUCUUCUAAUGUUUAUCCCUCCACACCUCCUGAUGCUUUACAGGCCACACAACGGGAACCAGAUGUGGGAGUGGUGUUUACAGAGCAUAAAGAGUAUGGGGGCAGGGUGAAGCCAUCUGCAGAGACGACAGGCGGACAUUCGCACAUUUCACCCUCACCUAGUCCUCAUCCUUCCCAGAGCAUCCAGUCCUCAUCCUUCACUUCAUUCCAGCAGAAACUUCCAGGCUCAGCAGCUGUUACAUUGGAAGAAGACCAUCAUACCCAUGAUGAGUGUCCUCCUCCUAGCAGACCAGUCAGAAGGCAUGAACGCACUUUCUCCCAAGCAAGCAAUAUAUUUACUGGGGCUAUUCCUACAGAACCUAAGCAUGAACCAAAAAAAGAGGAAAAGCAACCAAUAACUGAAGAAAGUACUGGAAUAACUGAAAAUAUCAAACCCUAUUCUGAACGGAAACAGUUUUGGGAAAGUGUUACUUCUCAUUCGUUUGAAUCUAAAGGUAGCACUUUAAUCAAAAGUGAAACUGAAAGUGACACAGACACAAUAGGAACUGAUGGAACUAUUGUUGAAAGAAAAACAGUGCAGGAGAAAAAGGUAACUGCAGUAGAGAGCACCGACUCGGAGACAGAAUAUAUUCGGCAGAGAGAUGACCCAGCAUUUUAUGAAAAUGCAGGCUUUGCAGGAACAGAGAGAAUUGAUGUUCCCAAAGAGAUAAGUAGAGAGAGAGCUGUAAGUCCAUUUGAAGUUCUUCGAACCAAGGAAUCUGUGGAAGAUCUACCAUCUCCUGAAGAUAUAGCAUAUAAAGAUGUUUCAUCAAAGAGGGCACUAUUUGAAAAAGAAAUUAAAAGGCAGUCAAUGGAAAUUGAAGAAAGUCAGUCAUGGAAGCGUUCAUCAAAAGAAUAUGAUGAAACGGUAGUGAUAACUGAGGAAUUGGCAUCAAGUUUACUGAAAAAGAAAGAAGAAAGUGAACACCAGUUGAAGGAGACGAUAGAAAAAGGUAAAGACACUGUUACACAAAAAAUGGAAACUAAAAAAGAUGACGUAUCAAAAACUGAUAUAAAGAGAACAGAGAUUAAAUCUAAGACUGAUAAAACUGGCAGUAAGGAAGAUCAUUCAGAAACUGUGGAGUCAUCCAAACUACAUCAUGAGAAAAUGGAAACUAAAGAGAAAAAAGUAAUAUCAGAAGUUAGUACUUCAGGUAAAAAAUCUAUGACACAGACAGAUGCUUCCACUGAAAAAAAAGAAAAGGAAAGCACUGAAAAAGCAGCAAAGGUAAUUCAUGAAAGGAAAGAUAGCCAUAGUGGUACUUUUUCUAAAACUAUAUCAAAAUCUGAGGAAAAGACAGAAAGUUCAUCAGAGGCAAAAGAAACCAUUCAUAUUGUAUCUACAGAGGACCAAGACACUUCUCGUGAUGAAAUAACAGAGGAAGAUAUGACCAGGACGGAAGAAACUUCAGAAGAAGAGCCUGAUGAUGUGCUCUCUAGUGACAGAACAACUGUGAAUAUAACAGAGGAAUCACGACAAGUGGGUGACACUCAUGAGACAGUCAUAAGGGAAACUACUACUACGAGAGAUGGUGACCAGGAGCAACGAAUCAUUAAAGAAACAAAGACUCAAGAGACUGCAAUGGCUGAUGGCUCUACUAUCAAGACUACAUCCAUCACAACAUUCACAACACAGCUAGAUACAAAAGAAACUGAUAAUUUAGAAAGACAAUCUAAAACUCGAACUGAAACAUUUGAAAAGCAUAUGGCUGAAGAACCAACAGAGAACUUUCAAGAGGAAAAACAUAUUUAUAGUGGUAAAACUGCAAAAGAAAAAUCUGAAGCAUUUGUUGAGCAGCGCAUGAAAUCUGACAUUUUUUCCGAAGAAUUGUCAUCGUCAGCUGAAGACCAAAGUCCAGAGCACAAAGUUAUAACUCCUAUCGAUACUAAAGCUCCAGUUUCUUUGCAGACACAGGUUACUUCUCAACCUAAAAGCCCUAUUUUACUACCAAAAGAAAAUGUGCAAGAAAUUGUUUGGGAAGUAUCACAGGAACAGUCAGAAAUAGUCAUGUCAGAAACAGUUCAAGAUAUUCCUGUUCAGCAACCUUUCAAAUCUCAUUUUGUAAAAGAUAUAUCUGUAGAUGAUCACAAAAAAUCACAGAAGACUCAUAGAAAGUCAUCUAGUGGGUCAACUAAAACAAAAUUAAGCGAAGAAGAAGCUAGAAAACUUGCAAUCGAAAUUGUGGAAGAAGUGAAGACAGAGGCAGUAAAGCGAUCACCACUUGCCACUCCUUCCCAGUCUAUGAAUGAAUUUUCAGCUGAAUUGCAAGAUGUUUGUGAUGGAUCUGUAGAACAAUCGUUGCCUAGAGCAACCCCUGAAUCUGCAUUUACAGAAGAAACUACCACAAAGAUUGAAAAGUACAUUCAGGAGCAGUUAGGAGAUGACAUGGAUGAAAAGCAGCUCAAGCUUAUUGAAUCUGUAACUGCUAGAAAAACAGAAAUGUUGCAUAAAAAAAUGGUUGGUAGUGAAUACCAACAGAGCAUGGAAAUAACAGAUGAAGACCUUCGUUCCAGUGGCGCAGAACUCUCUCCAAUUGAACACCAAAUGGAGCGUUUGCGACAGAUGACUGAAGACGAUGAUAACCAGCGUUUUCCUCGGGAACCUUCAGAGGCAGAUGAAAGUGAGAGUUCUAUGAUAAUUCAUGAAAGUGUUGAUGACAUUAUAUCCAGUGAAUAUGAUCAAGCAAAUCAAAUGAUAUCAAAAACAUUAGAUGCUCUUAAAACUGCAGAUAUCAACAAAAUUGAAAAAUCAAUAGAAACUAUCAAAGAAAUGCCAGAUACAAUAGUUAAAACUACUGUAAUUGUAAAAGAAGGCAUUAUGUCUGAUGCACAAGAAUUGAUAAAGCUAAAGCAGAGUGAAGUUACGGAGACUGCACGUAAAUUGGUAAAAGAAGUAACUGAAAAAGCCAAAGAAUCAGAAGCAGUAAAACAGGCAUCUUUACCCACUGAGCUUAGGCAGGCAUCUGGAAGUUGGGAACAGAGUAAAUCACCCAGUCCAAAAUCAGGAUCAAAACCAAGCUCUAGAAAAGGCUCUUGGAUGGACGAUGAUGAACUAAGACGGGAUUUUCGGAGAGAUUAUGAAGACAAGAAGAAAAUGUUCAAAGAGGAAAUGACCUCUGACAAGCAAGACGUUUUUGAUGGAGAUGCCCAUGGUGAUAAAGCUGAAUACUCAAAAAUUACACACCAGAAGAGUAGCGAGUCUCAUAAAGAAAUUCACAUGGAAUCUAGUAUGACUGAAAGUAUGGAAGAAUCCAGCACUGUGGAGAGCAUCCGAUCCUUUGAAGGUAAAUUAAGACCAGAAGUUACUACCUCUGUUAUAAAGGAACAAAGAGAGGUUGAAACGGAAAAGAAACAAGAAGAAAGAUCUUUCAGCAGCUAUGAAGAGGUUGUGAUGAGAAAGAAAACUCAUGUAGAUGAAUUUAAUCGCCGAUCUGGAACAGAUUUUGACACUUGUUCAAGUUCUGGGGAAAGUCAUUAUUUUACUGCAGCUGAAGGAGCCUCAGAUAGCCGGACAGCAAGUCGGCCAUGUUCGUCAGAUGUAGAAGCACUAAUGUCGGAGCGCACUGGCACUUCAGAGUAUGAUACUGCUCUUACUUCCCAGGAUACGUCUCAAUACUCAAGUUAUUCAACUUCAUCACAAGAUUACCGUACACCAGGAAGCUCCUUGAGUUCAAGAGAUUCCAUGAAAUCUAUUGACUCAGAAAGUUCUGGGAACCUUGCUAGUGUGGAACUUAGCGAGGCUUCGGAAACCUUAGUACCCUCAGCAGUGGAACUUGAAAAGGAUAUGGAUCUUUUGGAACAGGAAUUAUUUGAAGAAGAGCUGUCACAUUCUACUCAUCACACAAUUAUCCCGCAGUUAACUAUUCAAUCAGAUACUCCAAAGUCAGAGGAAAUGCCAUGUGCAUUUGAUGUGGAAUCUGAUGAAGGUGAAUUUGACCAGGAAACUAAAGAUGAGGAGAGAGAAGCUCACAUUACUUCAAGGAUGAAGAGAUCAAUAGAAAUGACAUUUCAUCCAGAGCCUAAGCCUCUCACUGAUGAUAAAAAAGCUAGUGUCACUGAAAGUGUAGCUUCAAGUUUAGAGGAAAGCACAUUAUCAGAGAUGUCAAUUGCAACGGUAAUAGAACAAGAUAAAAGUAUGCAAGGUUCCACAACUGAUUCAAACAUGUCUACAUCUAGUGUUUCUGAACAUAUGGUUUCAUCGGUUGAAGGGCAAGAGCAUGAUCGUCAUAUUUCGAGAGCUGACAGUGGUGUAUUGACGACAGAAACAGGAGAUGGUGAUAUGGCAUUGCAUUCUGUUACGAUUACAGCAACAUCUGUACCUUCUUCUACACCAGAUCAAAAUACAGCUUCAAUGUGUACACAAGUAACCUCUGAGACACGCUCUCAGGUAGAGUUAACAGAGAGCGAGCAGUUUUUUCACGCUAAUGGACCCACUGAAGUAGAUUAUGUGCCUGAGUACGAUGAUGAGGAAGUACAAGGUGCGCGGCCAGUUGCAGCCUCCAUAGCAUCUCCUACACAGGAGGUAGCAGAAGCUGUAGCUGGCCCUUCAGAGGGCCCAGAGAAAGUUAUUAUUGUUGAAGAGUGUUACGAAACAGAAGCUGAUCAGGAGUAUGGUCAGAUGAUGCGUGAAUGUGAGUAUUCAGAGAUGGCUGAAGCAGAACUUCAGUAUUCUCUGGAGGAGCAGCCAGAAGCAGAAAUGAGUAGUAUGCUAGUGAUUGAUGAACCUUUAGAAAGACCUAGGACACCAGAGCCUGGGUAUGUUUCAUCUUCCCGUCCUUCACCAAUGAUUAUCCAAUCUCCUGAUGAACCAGAGGAAUUUACUGAAGUAGACAAGAGAUUUAGUGCAGUAUUUUCUACUACUUAUGAAGAGAGAGAAGAAGGUGCAAGUGCCCGUUCCUUAGUCUCGGGUAUGAGUAUAGAUGUUCCAGAUAUAACUAUCACAGAGCAUACAUUACCCAUGCCAAGUCAGUAUUGUUACCCUGAUCUCGAACGAGAAGAAGAUUUUCCAGAGUGCCGAGCAUUAGCUGAAGCAGAUGCCAGUGCUCAGGAAAUUCCAGCAACUCCAGGGUCUCAGGAAUCGGCAUCUAGCUGUCCAUCACGUAAGUCUUCCUCAACUGAUUCUGAGCAAGGCCGAGAAUAUUGUCUUGAUGAUAUUGCUCAAGGACUGCCAUUUGAGUCGUUUGAGAUGGUGGAAGCUGAAGACAUUGAUGAUUUCUCUGAAUAUGAAAGAACUCUUUGUAUGCAUGAAGAACGUAUGUUAGAAAUGUCACAAAUUAGAGAGGAAGACGAGGAAGAAGUUGAGGAGGCACGUAAAACCGAUUCCUCCCCAAUUCAAAUUCCUAGUCAGUUAAAGGCUGUUAAAUUGGAAACAGAUGCACAAAGCAGCAGUGAUUCUCAGGCUCAUGAUUUAGAAGACCUCACAGAGGUGGGACCUGAUCCAACUAUUGAGGAACAAAGACGGUGGCUAGAGCUGCAGUUUGAGGAAAGUGAUGCAGCAAAGUAUGAUUAUCCCCAGGGUGGUUUUCUGGAGCAUGUUUAUUCAGGACCACUUGAAGAUAUUGAAGAAGAGCGAGACGAGGCUGAACGGCGUGAUCUGUCACACAUUGCAAAAACUUCAUCAUUAUCCUCAACGCCAGAAUAUGAUGUUUUAGCUGGUAGAAAGUUUUUUACUCGUAGUGGAGAUCACGAUGAUAUAUCGAUGAGCUCUCUUCAAGAAUUCGAAAAUCUUGAAAGGGCUGUUGCUGUAGAAGCUGUAGCAAGAAGAUCUAGCUCUGGUUCACAAGAAUCUCUAAAUGGUAAAAGACCAGAAAGCAAAAGUGGCCAAGGUGAUGACAUCUCAGUUGGAUCAUUUGCAUCUCUCCAAGAAUUUGAGCGCUUGGAGAGAGAGUGUUUAGUUGUUGAACAAAUUGAAAAAAAGGCACAGGAGGAGGAAGCCAUGUUAUCAGAAAUAGAGGAAGGACAUGAGAGCCAAGUUUCAGAAUCAGAGAGUUGUGAGACACUAUCUGAGCCAGGAAGAGGGUCUGUUGAGGGAGAGGAAUAUGACCAAAGAAUGUUUGAGAUUGAUGAAAUUAUUCGUCAGGCACAGAAUAAUGUAGAAAGGUCUGACCAAAACAAACCUGGAUAUGAAGGAGUACAAUUAAAAGAUAUUGUUAGUGUAGAUGGCUCAGGAGAUGAUGGCACGAGUAGUAGCCAAGCUGAUCGUACCCCAAGUGUUGGACGAGAAGAUGGAGAUGCCGAUUCUUUAGAAGAGGCUCAGUUACCAGAGCUUGAUAUGGAUCACCCUGCUGCAGGAGGAACUUCAUCAUCAACCAAGCAAGAUGCAAUGACACUGAGUACAGAUAGUAUAGAAGCAUUAUCCAAGCAAAAAGUCCCUCGUGAAACAAGUCAAGAUUCCUUAGAAAAGUUACCAAUGCGUACUUCUGAUCCUAUGGCCACUAGUAUUGACAGUAUAGAUUUAACCAGCCGACAAGACCCUAUGACUGCAAGUACUGACUCUUUAGAAGGUCGCCGUAAGCGCCAAGAUCCUAUGUCUGCUUCAACUGAUUCAAUUGAUCCUUGCCGACGUGAUGGAAUGACCACUAGUAUCGAUAGCUUGGGCAGAGAUGAUUCUAGUGGUCGUGAUGCUGACAUCAGCUCGGGAAGUGAGCAAGUGAGACCACUCGGUAAAGAUGGAUUAAUGGAAUGCAGUACAGAUUCCCUGGAACCAUCAUCAUCUCAGGCUACACAUGCUACCUACCAAUAUGAUACUGAUUCAGUUAUGUCAGGCUCCUUUACCAGUGGUUGUUCUAACACACUAAUUGCCUCAACAGAUGAAUUUCCAGAUGUAAUGACUUCUUCCAUGUACCUCCCUGAAGGACAAUUGCCCACAGAAGGUGAUGAACAAUAUGUCAAAUAUAUGCAUGCUAGUGGUGGAUCAACAGCUGAGAUGGUGACAUCAUCCACUGAGCCAGGCUUCUCCCAUUCUAUUACUCGUGUAGUUAGAUUGCCACCUGAGGCUCAUAAAGUUACUUUUACAGGUCCUGAUGCUCAAAGAAAACUAGAAGAAUAUAUUCAGGAGUUUAAUGCUGGUCAGCAUUCUUCUCAAGAUGAGGUUGUAGAUGACCAAGGCAAUGUACACAUACGCCGUGUGACACAAACACGUGUCGUAACAGACCCUAGUCAUAUUCGAGAACAUGGAUUCUCUCUCUCUGAGCCUAGCACUCAGGAAACAGAAACGCGUGAUGAGUAUGGUAAUGUGACACGUGUUAUACGGCGAACUGUUGUUACCAGUCAAACCAUCGAAGUUGAUCUUGAUACUGGAGAACCUAUUAUACAGCCUGGCCCAACCUCUUCCUCUUCCUCAAGCAGUUCCUUCUCCCGUAUACCUAGACCAGUGACCAGUCCUCCUCUGGCCUCCCGGCCCACCCCUCCUGGUCCGCCCCCUGGGUCGCGCGGCCCACAUGAGCCCGUCCCCCCCUCCCUGGAGCCCAACACAGUAUCAGACGUUGUGCAGCCGGACAGUGGAGCGGGGGCGCAGCAGGCGCCAGGUUUAGGAGUCGAAGAGAUGAGCAGUGUGAUGGAGAGUUAUACCAGUGAUGGUAGUGACCCCAUUACUACUACUCAUAUCACCAGGAUCAUCAGAAGGACACAAGGAGAGGAUGGGGAAGUAAAGGAAGAAAUCUUUGAAGAAUACUAAGGAGGACAUUGAGAAGGAAUACUUUGUAAAGAGGAAAAGCAUAUUCCUCUCAGUCCUCCUUAUCUGUCCACCUGCCUUCCUGCCUACCAUUAAAACUGCCAUCACCAAUUCUCCUCCACUAUCACCAAAAAAAAAAAAAAUCCUUACUCUUUCUUCUAGUGCUCUGACACUCCCAUCAAGAAUUUUAUUGAGAGGUCUCAUAUAUUUUCAUGCUCAUCAUUGAUAAGCUCUUCAGCCACAUAAUAGAUGGCUUUAUCGUUACAUAUGUAGUCCAUCUUACUUACAUUUUAUCUCAUCUGGAGAAUGCUGUCUUAGAGAAAGAAUAGGAAAUUUAUUGAGGGUCAGUGAUUAUGCAGCAGCUAGUGACAUAUCGGUUGUCAAAGGAUCUAGUCAGGACCGAUACAAUGAGAAAUACAUGAUUUUUUUAAUGUUAUGAGUGAGAAAUUUUAAUGCUUGUGACCUUUUAUUGUAAUAAAAUCAUAAUGUUGUCAAAGAAAAGUCAAAUCCAAAUGUAAUCUGAUUGUAUGAUUUCUAUGAAAGUGAUUUUGAAAGAUGUCCACAAAUAAUCACACAUUUGUAAAGGUGCACACACCCUAUUUGAGCUGUCAAGGUGUUUUAGGUUAAGUAACGUUCCCCCUUGUGAUGUGGCGUGUUUCAUCCUAGUAUGACACUGAUUAUUAUUAUUAUUAAGAAUACUUAAUGCUGAGGACAUGUCAUGUAUUAUGACUAAAUCUGUAGCCACGGGAUGAAAUAGGAGACCAAGGUUUCAAUAGAAGCUAUAUAAUCAUUUUAAUAUUCAGGCUCUUAGACUGGUAGAAUGUUAUAUUGUGGCUUAUGAAACAUCCAGUUAUGGGCAUGUUGAAUGUAAGAUAGCUAUGAUAUUUCCACUUAAUUAAUUUGUCACCCACAAAAUUAGUAGUGAGAUUGGUGAUUUAAUGAUAUAAAUGGGGUCUCAAUAUGAUUUAGACAAAGAUAAGUACUAGUAUAUUGUUACCCUAAUUAUAGAAGAAAUCAGCUUCCACUGUGUUUAUUUCCCUCAUGGUCAUAAGUGGAUGAAGAAAUAUGAUAAUGCCUUAGCACCUAUUCCUAGAUUACUCUCUGGCCAACAAUUGUUAUCUUCAUUCUUUUUUGGUUUGGUCUUGAUUUAGGCUGGCAUAGGACUAGGAGAUGGGAAGAGAGGCCUGUCCUGAGGUAUUUCCUGGGCCUCAUCCCAGUCCUGGGCUAAAUUCAAGACAAAGUAGCUCCGAACAUUGUGGUCACUUAUCAAGUUUUCAAAUAAAUGCUUAAUGUGA